AUGCCCGUGAAUGCCGGCCUUGGGGAUGUUAUGAGUCGUCUCAAUUCCCAUGAGUGGUCUGGCCAGCUGAGUCAUGUGGAGCUCAGUUCCCGGUUCGCCCACGAUACAUCCCGUCACCGCUACGAGGAUAGAGACGCCUUGCCGCCUCUCCACGCCUUCCCUUCCCUUCGCGCCGUCACCCUCGGCUUUCACUGCAAGGAAAUUCUCCCGCUGCUCCGAUGCUCCGCGCUCACCUCGCUCUCCCUCUGGCAGCCCAUCGGCGGCGACCUUGCUUGCAUCGCCUCCUCCUCCUCCUCCUUCCGCUCUUCUCUCCAAUCCCUCACUGUGGAGUCGGCCUACCUGACCAACAACCUUUCUCGCGCCUCCUCAUUCACGUCCCUCUCCUCCCUCUCCCUCCACUCCUGCACAUUCAACCCGGGCGAGAUUCACUCCGUCUCGCGCUCCCUCCACUCCCUCACGCACCUCACCAUCGACGAUUGCCCGCUGGUGUGCGGCUGUGCCGUGGCAGCAAUGGUUCGAGCAAACCCUUCCCUCUCCACACUCGCUCUCUCCGGCACCACGUACCGUCUUUUCAGUCCCAGUUCCCUCUCAACCCUGCUUCGUCUGUCCUCCCGUAAGCUGCAAACUCUCACGCUUUCGGGCCUGCCGUCGUUCCGCCCGGGUAUGCUUGCGGGGUGCAGCAGCCUUGAGUCGCUCACUCUCGAACGAGCAGAGGGGUCGCUGGAAGGGCUGCUGGGCAUGCUCGUCAGGGCGGAGGAGGCCGGGCGAGUGUGGGUGGAACGAGGUGCCCCUGCAGCUGCUGCUCGUGCAGCGGCGGCGGAGGGGAGGAUUAACGGGAACCGGCGCACCUACGUCGAUAUCCGCGCAGCAGCAGCGUCGGCGCGCGCCGACGAGGCGUCAGCAUGGAGGGACAUGAGACGGCUAGUCAAGGCGGGGGGGGACCUCGUGCGCGCUGUGCAGUCGGAAAUCAACGCCGCGAUGUGCGACACAGACAUCGCCAUUAAAUUGGUCAUCGACGCUGUUUCCGCCUGCCAGUCCGCAACCGCGGGCGUCUGCGACGCGAGAGCUGCGAGAGAUAGGGCACGCGCUGUGGCACGACUCUCUGCCGCCCCUGCUGCUGCUGCUGCCGGCACGGCAGGAGUUUUCACAGCGGUGUUUCACGAAGAGGAGGAGGAGGAGGAGGAGGAGGAGGAGGAGGAGGAGGAGGAGGAGGAGGAGGAGGAGGAGGAGGAGGAGGAGGAGGAGGAGGAGGAGGAGGAGGAGGAGGAGGAGGAGGAGGAGGAAGAGGGAGAUGCAGACCUAGGAGUGUGGAGCCCGGUGGUGUUUACAGACGAGGAGUAUCGUGCUGGGGCAACCGCUGGUAUGAUUGAAAAACGGAUGUGGGAGGUGUCUCGUGACGGCAUGCCCCAGUUGUCGCUUGAAGAGUUUUGCGCGAUGCGCGAUACCUUGUCACAGCAGCUGCGGCCGCAUUUCACGGCCAUGCAUGAGAGUGUUGACGCGCUGUAUGCGGGGGAGGAUGUUGAGGGCGGGAUGGUUGGGGCGGUAGCAGCAGCAGCGGGUGGGGUGAUAGCAGCGGCAGGUGGGGCUCCAGCAGUGGUUGGGACGGCGGCAGCAGUGGCAGCAGCAUUGGGUGAAGUGGCAGGGGGUACCCCUGGGGUGGAGCAACAGGUGGAAGCUGCACAAGGGCAGGGCGUGCACGAGAGAGAGGGAGUGCAAGAGAGAGUGGAGAGCGAGGGAGUGCAAGAGAGAGUGGAGAGCGAGGGAGUGCAAGAGAGAGUGCAGGUGGAAGAGGAGGGAGGCCAAUGGGAGGGAUCUCUAGGGGAGGAAAGGCGAGAAAGGGCACAGAGCAGCAGGCUGGCAUCAGCUAAGGCGUGCGAAGGAUCUGAGAGGGCCACGCCAGUGGAAAUGAUCUGCCCUUGCCUGGCUUCUCUGGUUCUGAAAAGCAUCGAAUUCAUCCCUCCUUCCGAGCCUACUUCUGAAAACCUUCCCUCUACAUGCCCCCUCCUGGUUCCAGUUUCCCGUUCUCCUCCUUGCUCCACAUUUCGCCCCUCAACCUCCCUCUCCUCCCUUCAUUCCACCCCAAGUGCUCCUCCCAGUCAGCAGCAGCACCCGUUUGAAAGCAUUGCCCUGGUGGCUGUGUUUGGCGGGCUGAGGCGGUUGGCAGUGGUGCAGUGCGGUGGGGUGGGGGAGGAGCAGCUGAGGGCAGUGCUGCGAGCAUGCCGGGUGUUGGUGGAGCUGAGAGUAGAGCGCUGUGAGGCCAUGUCCGAUAAAGUGCUGCUCUCAUGCCCAAUCGACACUCUCACUCAUGCCACUCUCAUUGCUUGCAACGGGAUCACUGCUGCUGGGGUGAUCGGGUUGCUUGGAAGCUUCCCAAGGCUGAGGCAGUUGAAGAUGGAAGCGGGAAAGGUUCCUGAACGGGCUCGGAGGAAGUUGCUUCGUGCUGGUGUGGUCGUCAGGGGGGUGUGA